AUGAAGAUCUCGGCCUUCACCCUGCUGACACUACCGACAGCGCUUCCGCUGCUCAACAGCACCCUUCGCGAGGACUGCUGGGUGCCAAGCAACAAGGUGAUCAGCGCACCGCAGAUCUCGUUGCCGUUGCACAAGGAAGACGCCAAGCCGAUUGUGACGCAUUGGCCAGCCCAGAACUGGACCAAUGAAGAGUGUAUCGUCAAGCCGCUCGGAUGGGGUCGCGACGACUCGUCCCAGAUCCAAGAGGCGGUGCUGCGUUGCGGCAAUGGUGGUACCAUCACGCUGCCGGCUCCCUACACGUACACGAUCGCCAACCGCAUGUACAUGAAGCUCAACCACGCUCGACUCAAUGUGCAUGGACUGCUGUCGUUCACACCCGACCUUGGCUACUGGAUCGGCGAGUCGCACCGCGUCGAGUUCCAAAACCAGAGCACAGCAUGGAUCGUCGAGGGCAACAACUACCACAUCAGCGGUGGUGGCUGGAAGCAAGGCGGUAUCUUGGGUAACGGACAGGCGUGGUACGGCCGUGCUGCUGGCCAGAGCAAUCAAUUCGGUCGACCGAUCAGCAUCUCGCUCUACAACAGCACCAACGCCACCAUCGACCACUUUUCCUUCUACCAGCCCCAGUUCUGGUCCAUGUGGGUGCAGGACUCGAAGAAUGUUCACAUCAACAACAUUUACAUCAACGGAAGCAACACGGAUCCCGCCGGCAACUCGUCCAACUAUGCUACCAACAUCGACGGUAUCGAUACGAUGAGGGUGGAUGGCUUGCACCUCGCCAACUGGAACUUCCGCGGUGGCGACGACUGCUUCGCUCCCAAGGGCAACACGACCAACGUGGUGCUGCGCAACUUUACCUGCGUCGGUGGUGGUAUCGCUUUCGGCAGUGUGGGCCAGUUCCCGGGCAGCCCGGACUACAUCACCAACGUCAGCGUCUCGGACAUUAAAGUGUCGGGCGAGGUGUCGAAGCUAUACGGAGGCGCCCAACCCGCUGGAGGAGCCUACUUCAAGUCGUGGGUGGGCGUCUCGAUGGGAGUGCCACCCCAGGGCGGAGGCGGAGGAAGCGGCAAGGUGAGCAACGUCACCUUCACCAAUUUGGAGGUCGACAACACCACGCAGGCUGUGUUCAUCAACAAGUGCUACUACAAGGUCAAGGAUCAGGCCAACUUUUGCGAUACGUCCAAGUUCCAAUUCGACAAUCUCAACUUCCACAACGUGACCGGCAAAGUGCUAAGCCCGGACGGUAUCAACCUCAACUGCUCGGCGGUGGCACCUUGUCACAACGUCACGUUCAGCUCGGUGGAUUUAUCCUCGGCGGUGAGCAAUAAGACGGCCGGCGUGGUCCUCACCAAUACCGUCAACGUCACCGGCGUCGCCGACGCCAAGAAGGUGAUCACGUAG